AGCCAAAAAUUGGCUAAUCAGCUAUUAACCAAACACCCCCCAUAAUUUACCCCUAGCAUUUUUCUAGUAACAAACUGUGCACCCCCACCUUUUCCCGCAACUUCCGGGCCAAAUCUUACUUGAAGCUGUUCCUUGGCUUCCCGGCGUCGUCCUCGUCCUCAGGCCGUUUCCGGUCCGCCAAUCGCCGAUUGAAUUCCGUACACUUGUUUCCUAGAUUGUAACUUCAUCCAGCGAAUUUUGAAUCUAGAUAGGGUAUUGUGGAAGGUUCUCAUUUUUGUUGCAAUGCUACAGUGGAUGGGUGGAUCAAGACGGAAAGUUGUCACUUCAAGGAAUUCAACACUAAAAAGGCAAAAGCAGUACUUUGAGCAAAGAAAACUAAAACACCAGCACAGUCAGGCAGAUCUGGAAAAGUACUAUGGAAGUAGCCCAUGUAAUCAGCAACACGAAAAUAAUACAUCACUGGAUGUUCUUAGUCUGCUGAACCUUUCAGCUGUUUCCAAAGAACCUAUCUCAGGUUCCCAUUUCCCUGGAGGAAACAUUGAAGGUGUUACUCCCUCUCCAAACUAUCAGACCAGGUUGUGUCCUCAAACUGCUCAAGCCAAUGAAGUUACUCAAAUUAGUCCCCUUAGGAUCAAGCCGGAAGGUAUUGCUUCCACAACAGAAAGUUCCGCCUGUGAUCUUUCUGAUACUGUAUGUCCAAGAAAUUUUCCAGUUGGUGCGCCUGAAUCCAAGGGGAAAAAGUUGAAGUGUGAUUGGAACACCUUAAAUCAAUCAAAGAUGUCAACAGAGCACCCGCUAUCUGUUAUUGAUAUUUUAGGUGAUGAUUGUCCAAAUAGCAACCUUGAAGAAAAUGUUGGGCAUGAAGCUCAUGUUGCCUUUUCAAUUCAAGGUCUAGGUAAAGUGGACACAGAAACACCUGUUCAUUCACCAGAGAGGCCUGGAAGAAAUUUCUCUUAUGGACAGUAUCUACCAUUGAAAGAGAGGAUGAAAACUCUCUCGUCAGUCAAAACUACUAGCAGGCCUGACCUCAAGCAUAAAUUGGAUGCUGUCAUGAGGGACAUUGGAACAUCCAUAUACAGAAGUCCAGUAGAACCAUCUUUCAGAUCUAUGGUCUCUGAUGAUUUAUUUGGCAGCCCAAGGCAGGACUUGUUAUCUAACAAAAUAUCAUCUCCAGUCACUGAUUAUGAUACUAAUUUGGAGGAAAUUUUUGAAGCUGGGGAGCUCUUUGGCAAAGAGAGAAGAAAGAACAUUCAGAAUGCAACUUCCUCGGGUCUAACUUAUGGGAUUAGUGACCAAGAGGAAUAUGGUUUACCUUGUAAGAACGAGUUAGAUCAAAUGGAGUUUUGUUCAAGUAGUCAACAUGCGGGUAGAAGUUACGAUCACCAAGAUUUAUCCUUUAACGAGACCCACCAGUGGAAGAAAAGCACCAGCAUGCAAUCACCAUUUGAGAUCAAUUACCAAGGCUGCCCUUCUUUAUAUUCCAAGCGCAAGAUGCAACAGUACUUUGAAGAUUCAGACCCGAAUAUAAAAUGCAACUACUCUAUGGGAACCAGUGAAUAUCGUUGUGUGGACAACAAAAAGCGGAGAGCUUCCUCAUUCUCUGCAAUUGAUGACACCAUGGGUUGUUUCAGUCUUCGGAGUGAAGAAUCAUGCUUCUUUUCAGCUGCAGUGAAAGGUGAUUUGUUCGAAUGCCCCAGAAACCGCCAUGACAUGCAUCUUCAUAAAAAGACGAUGGAGACCAAAACCAGAUUCUGCAAUGAUAGCUGGCCAGGAAGCUUCUCAGAUUACCCAACUACUGCUAAAAAAAGAUGGUUUGAUCCGAAUCCCCAUCGGUUCUCAGAUGAAAUAUUCAAUGCAAACGAAGAAGACAUUAUGGGUGGACCAGAUCCCUAUAACGAACAUCCAUUUGCUGCUCAACCUCCACUACUUUUCAAGAAACACAGAGGUUUUCCUGGUGAACGCUCACAUUGCUACAAAAGAAUGUCGGAAGAACCUAGUAUCAUCCCGAAACCAGCCAUAAUCAUAAUCUCGAAUGGUAUAUCUGGUGGAUCAAGUGUGCCAGGCCGAUUUCAGACUUCCCAGGCUAGCAUUGUUUCAUCAUCAUCCGACCUGGAAGACAAGUGUGGUGACACUAGAAAGGAACCAAGAUGCAUUACUCCUAAAGCAUCUGUGAAUACAAAUGCAUCUAAACCUAUUGAAUAUGGUGACGAGGCUUCUUCUUGUGCAGAGUUUCCGGCAGCAUCUAAGGAAGUUCAUGGGUCUGGAGAUCCGAGUAACGAUAUAUCUUAAUAACGCGAUUUGUUACUGGGUUGGCUUUAAUAAACUAAAAACAUAGUUUAAUGUUACUCUUAUUGAAUUGGGUUAUCUUCUACGCACAAGGCUUAACUUCAUACACUUGUACCAAAAUACUUGCACACUGGGGCUUAACUUCAUACUUUUGUACCAAAAUACAUAACACACUGGCUCCAUUGAUCACUUCUUU